AUGUUGUACAAUAAUUUAAAAGAUGUUACAUGGAGUACGACGUCCCUGUCUCUGGAUCAGCUCGUCGGCACCUACAGGUUACCUCAGAUCGCCAAACUAGACAGCGGUCAGCUGGUGGAAGGGCUCAGAGAAAACGACUACCUCUUGAUUCACUCAUGUCGUCAGUGGACGACCAUCACUGCCCACAGCCUGGAGGAGGGACACUACGUCAUCGGACCGAAGAUCGAGAUCCCAGUUCACUAUGAAGGACAAUUUAAGCUUCUGGAGCAGGACCGAGACGUGAAGGAGCCAGUGCAGUACUUCAACAGUGUGGAGGAAGUGGCCAAAGCGUUUCCUGAGAGGGUUUACGUCAUGGAAGAAAUUACAUUCAAUGUCAAGAUGGCCUCUGGUGAAUGUAAUGAAGACACUGAAGUUUACAACAUAACUCUAAGCACUGGAGAUGAGCUGACACUAAUGGGCCAAGCUGAAAUCCUUUACGCCAAGUCCUCUAAAGAGAAGUCCAGAUUCAACACAAUAUUCAAAAAGAUCGGGAAGCUCAACUCCAUCAGUAAGAUCUGCCGGGGAAAGAUGCCGUGUUUGAUUUGCAUGAACCACAGAACCAACGAGAGCAUCAGCCUGCCUUUCCAGUGCAAAGGGCGCUUCAGCACUUGUAGCCCUCUGGAGUUACAGAUGCAAGACGGGGAGCACACCAUUAGGAAUAUAGUGGAAAAAACGCGCCUUCCUGUCAACGUCACGGUCACGAGCAGCCCUCCGAGAAACCACCACGACCUCCAUCUCAUCCGCGAAGGCCACCGUUACAAACUGGUCAACAUCCAAACCAAAACAGUGGUGGUCUGCUGCCUUUUACGGAGCAACAAAAUCCUCCCCGUUCACUUCCACUUCCAGCCCUCCAUGCCCAAGUUCAUUAUCCCAGAGGAGCUGGUUCAAGGCGAGCUGUGGCUGGAAACCAUGGUGCACCGCUGGUUUUCCUUUUGUCAAGAGCAGUUCGACAUCGACGACUAUUCUCGAGCGGUGCGGGAUGUGCGCACAGACUGGACCGACGAAGGGAAAAGCCCCAAGAAAAAAACGGCGAAUGGGAGCAGUAGCGGGAGCAGUAGCGGAGGCAGCUGCAACUCCAACGGGUGUCCCAAUCACAUGCACGUCCCGAGUUCGUUAACGUACGCCCGGGAAGAGCUGACGCAGUCCUUCCAUCGCCUUUCUGUGUGCGUCUACGGCAGCAACUUGCAUGGGAACAGCGAGGUGAACUUGCAGGGAUGUAUGACUUUAUGUGGAGACUGGACUCUGCUGCCCUCAGACAGUGCCCCGGUGGAAACGGGGGAGAGCGAGCACUUUUUCUCACCGCUUUUGGAGAACUCGAAUCCGACUCUCAACAGGUCCGACGUCUCGUACGAAGAGCUGUGGUUGGAUCGAAUGGGAACGCAAAUACCCAAAAGCAGUGAAGGAAUAAGGGGCAUAAACAACGGCUGUAGUAUGUCCGCCGCACUGCCAUACCCAGGUCCCUGCUCCCCUACACCUUUGGAUAUCUCUCUUACACCGCCGCCAGUGCCACCCAAAUCUGAAGCCGUCAAAGAAGAAUGCCGACUUCUGAACGCUCCCCCCAUCCCUCCCCGCAGUUUAAAGCAGAUGCCGUCAGUGCCCAUUUUAUCCAAACCUCGACAACAAGAUACUCGCUCUCCAAGUCCCACUCUCUCCUACUACUCCUCCGGUCUACACAACAUAAGCCCUGGCAGUCCUGAGCAAGAUGCCCCAGAGCCUGUUGACCAAGGCCAGGUGUGCUACCCCUGCAACUGGUCUAAAACAAAGUCCAACAGCCUGGAGCCUCCUGCCACCACGCUACCAGCUCCGCUCCCUUCUGAAGGCAUGUCGUCCCGUUUGUCCUGGCCCAACCACCUCACCAGAGAAGAUUCACAGUGCAUGGAGGAAUUCCUACCAUCCAGCUCCAGAAGUUACUUCAGCUACCCACGGAAAAGGACCUCGAGCAGUCAAAAAACCUGCUCGUCCAGCCUGCUUGACUUUGAUGGACGGGAUAAGUCUCACGCGAGCAGAAACGCAGAGCUGCAAAAGGUGUCUAUUAAUCAGUUUUGCGUCAAAUCCUCAAGCUUCAACUCAGAGAUGCACAGGGACAAGCCGAUAGAGGAAUCCAAUGCCAAACAAAGCUUAUCGUGUCCGAGUUUGCCACCAAGGACACUAAAACCUCACACUAUGAAAGCAAGAGCGGAGGAGGAGUUUACUUGUGAAACUAAUGAAAAUCCUGACAUUUGCGUCGAACAAGAAGCAACUGAAGCCAGUAAUAAUAAUCCUUCUAAAUGUCCAGAAUCCUGUCCUGCGUUACAAUGGCAGCCACCGUCCAGCCUGGCAGGUCUUUCCAUUGAAGAAGUUUCUAAAUCCCUCAAGUUCCUCGGUCUACCGGACGACAUCGUGUCUCUAUUUGUGUCCGAAAAGAUUGAUGGUAAUUUGCUCAUGCAGCUCACGGAGGAGAUUUUAUCUGAAGACUUCAAUCUGAGCAAACUGCAAGUGAAGAAACUCAUGCAGUUUAUGAACGGGUGGAGGCCAAGAUAUGACUGUGUGUGA